CGCACAUUGUUCUUUGUGGAGCUUGAUCCACAGAAGCAGCGUGCCCCGGUGCUCUGGCUGGGAGGUCGCUCACAACUUGUGCUGAGGCCAGUUUAAUCGGAAAGCAAAGCGCUGUCGGGGAACAAGGGAGGAUCGAUCGAGAUAGUUACUACUGACACAAGGGGGGAAAACGAGACAGUUCAGAUGGUAAACGGUUAUUGUGAGUAAUAGGACGCACAGGAGCGUGUCGCGGGACAUACAGCCGGGAGAAGCGGAUCUGUUCUCCAACUAGAGAUCUAUGGAAGCGGGGAGAACCAUAUGGAUACAGACGCCGUCUGCGGGAAUGGGCUGCUGAUGUACGAUAGCGGGUCGGGCAUGCACGUUGUGCAGACUGAAACAGUGUAAGACCACAGAUGGAUCCCUUGUGUAAUGGAAUCAAGAAAGCUGAGGGCUGUGAUCUUGCUGUAGACCCUCGCCCUCCUCCUGCUAAGCUGGCUCGAGUGGAGCAACACGAGGGGGGACCCUCGACCCAGGAGAGGAGCAGACAGGGUAGUCCUGUGGCCAAAAACCCCUGCAUGGCACAGAAACCCACCACAGCGAGGUCACAGGGAAAGAGCUGGCACAGCAGAGGGAGCCUGCUGCCGGUGUUCUGUGUGGUGGAGCACACGGAAAGCCCUUUGGAAGGAGAGAGGAGAGAAGAGCAUGCUGAGUUUGUGUUGGUUAAGAGAGAUCUGCUGUUUAACCAGCUGAUAGAGAUGGCCCUGCUGACACUGGGAUAUUCACACAGCUCUGCAGCACAGGCAAAAGGUCUGAUCCAGGUGGGUAGGUGGAACCCGGUGCCUCUGUCCUACGUAACUGACGCUCCAGAUGCAACAGUGGCAGACAUGCUGCAGGAUGUUCACCACGUUAUCACACUUAAAAUCCAGCUGCACAGCUGUCCUAAAUUGGAGGACUUGCCAGCCGAGCAGUGGAGUCACUCGACGGUGAGAAAUGCUCUGAAAGAGCUCCUCAAGGACAUGAACCAGAGCUCACUGGCCAAGGAGUGCCCACUGUCCCAGAGUAUGAUAUCGUCUAUUGUAAAUAGCACUUACUAUGCAAAUGUCUCAGCUGCCAAGUGUCAUGAGUUUGGCCGAUGGUACAAGCACUUCAAGAAGUCCAAAUGCUUCAAGGACAUUGACAACUUUUCUGACCAGUCCUCACAUAUGACCCUCAGCCAGCCAGCCACUGGUACCCCAGCUGACCAGAGCUCAACUCUCCUUUUCCCUCGUGGAGCAGUUGCCAACAUAUCCAACUGCCCACCCCUCAGUCUGCGCCCUCCUGGGCUGGUAACCCAGCCUCUGAGCUCCCAAAUGGUCAACCAGCAGCUGGUGAUGGCCCAGUUUCUAAACCAGCAGUAUGCUGUUAGUCGCAUGCUUGCUGGCCAGGGUUUGGCAUCGUCACCACAGCAGUAUCUGAACCAUCCCCCUGUAGGGAGGGCUCCUGCCAAGGUCUUCUCUAAAGCUCCUGAUCCCCAAGCCCUGCAGCAAGUGCAGUGCGGCCCGGGUGGAAGCUCUUCUGCCGGACUGCAAAACCAGACCUCAGCUGCGUCUUCCGUUGGACCAUCAGAGGUGCCGAUUGACAUCUACCAGAACGUGAGGGAGGAGCUCAAGAGAGCAGGCAUCUCCCAAGCCAUCUUUGCUCGGGUGGCAUUUAACAGGACCCAGGGCCUACUCUCUGAGAUCCUGCGAAAGGAGGAGGACCCGAAACACGCCUCCCAGUCUCUGCUGGUCAACCUACGGGCAAUGCACAGCUUCCUGCAGCUCCCAGAGGCUGAGAGGGAGCGCAUAUACCAAGAGGAGAAGGAGAGAAGUCUGACUGGAUUCACACCCAGCUGCAACAACACGCCACCGAGGUCCUCACAGUCAAGACUGUCCCCAGUUACAGCAGACAGAGGACUGCGGACAGACAGCUGCGUUCUCAAUGUCAGUGCCUCUAUCUAUGAGGAGAUCCAGCAUGAGAUGAAGAGAGCCAAAGUGUCUCAGGCGCUGUUUGCGAAGGUUGCCGCCUCCAAGAGCCAGGGAUGGUUGUGUGAGCUGCUGCGUUGGAAGGAGGAACCCAGUCCAGAGAACCGGACGCUGUGGGAGAAUCUAUGCAUGAUCCGCCGGUUCCUCAGCCUGUCCCAGAAUGAACGAGAUGCCAUCUACGAACAGGAGAGCAGCAACAUGACUGCACAACAGCACUGCAUUGACAGGUUCACCCUGCUCAGCAAUGACAAUACAUUGUACCAACGCAGCUCUUUGAUGCCACAGCAACACCAUCUACAACCCCAUCAACCCCUUCAGCCCGAGGCAGGACCUCACCUUUCCCCGACACAACCCUGCGCUGCAUCGCCAGCCGAGUCUGAUGCUGGCGGUGCCUGGCAGCACUUGAGAGUACGUUUGCAGGGCAGAGGCAGCAGCAAUGGUGAGAGAGGGGACAGUAAAGAAUGGGUUGAGGGUGGAAGAGAAAACAGGGACAGUUUGGGUGGGGACUGGGGUUGUGCUGGAACCGUGAGGGACAGAGGUGCAGAAAACAGCGAACAGGUAUGGGAUGGAAAUAUAGGGAAGGAAGGCAUAGAUGACAUCACGGGAGAUGGCAAAAAAGGGAAGGUUAAGGAGAAGCUGUCUGUGAAGUGGCCCAACAUGAAGAAUGAGGAACAGUGUAGGGCUGGGGUUUGUUCAGAGACAGAUAAUGAGGUAGAAAGUUACAAGGAGGUCCAAUGUCAGGGGUUAAAUGUGUCCAGAGAUGCCCUCGGUAUCCUGCAAAGUUUCAUCAAGGACGUGGGCCUCAACCCAGACGAGGAAGCGGUCCACACCUUGUCUGCCCAGCUGGGCUUACCUAAACAUACAAUUCGCAACUUCUUCAAUAGCCAGGACCAAGGACAAAGCCAAGAUUACAGCCCAAAACACAGUCGCGACCACAAGCAUUGCUGCACAGACCCAAACAUCUUGCAGGCUAAUGUGACUGCACAGGAACUGGAAGGUGGAAAAACUGAAACAGAACAAAAGGAGGAGAACUCAACAGGAAGAAAUGAAACAAGUGAGAUGACUGUAUUAAAAGAAUCGGAUGUUGGCACUCAAACUAUUCCCCCUAUGAAGGAAGAGCAGGAGAGCUACAUUUAACCCGCAUACAUCCAGUAACAUACAGCAGCUUGGACAAGCCAUACUUACCAUUUAGACCCAGGACCAGGUGCUUCUCCUCUCUGAAACAUAGCAACUUUGGUGCAAAUGCUUCUCACUUAAAAUAUUGCUCUAGUCCAGAGUCACAGCGUGUUGGUAUUUACGUGUUUAUAGGCUUGCAUUGUUACACACUGUGGAAAGACUAAUAAAAUACUGUGUAUACCACAGCUUUCAUAACCAGAGACUUAAGUUAUGUAAUUACAUAAAAAGCUGUACUGUGAUUUGAGGAUUCUUGAUGCACUUGAGACAGUUUACUGUGACUGAACUUUAGUACAUAGUUUCCAUGUAUAGUUAUAUUUCUGGGUGGAGUGCUGGGAACCAAUACAAUGAGCCUCAGAUUACAUAUCUCUAUUUAAAAAGAGUAAGUGUAGUUGGUUGACUGACAUUUUUGAAAAACGGCCAUACCAGAAAUGCCUUGAAGAGAGUGGCACUGCCAAUCAUGUUGUUCUUUUGUUUUUUUAGGUGUACCUUCACCAUUUUUGUUUUAACCGUGCUCAACAGUGCUUUGUGGUUUGGCUUUUGUCUGAGUCGUUUACUCUUUACUUCAUAAAUUUCACUGUUCAUGUUCCGCUCUUAUUAAAUAACAAGUUUCCUGUUGUAGUUUUAAAUUAAAUACUUAUUGGGAAAGGACUGGAUUCAUGUAACACCCAUAGUAUGUUACUAGCCACAUGAUGACAUUAAACAAUAUGUCAUCUUAUAAACUUCAAGUAUAACCAUUUGGAAGCAGUUAUUUUCUA